UGUAGGGCUGCCCUUCAGUAAUCAGAUCCUCUGCUUCACUGCUUUUAGAUGAUUGCUUUACCUCCCAAAGGCUUGGUAAAUGUUUGGCUUAGUGAUGGAAGCAGCCAAGUCUAAGACAACUUUCCUGGGAGGUAAGGCAAGUUCCCACUGGAUUAGACCGAAACAGAUAGAGUUUCUCACACACACCCCCCUGGAUCAGCUGGAUACUUCUUGUUGUCUUCUUCAGUUAGAAGGCUGCCCUCUGUGCAAUGCAUUAAUGAAUGUAGCUCGUCGUUGUCAGGACUUAGAGAUGGGUUGUAAAGCAGAGGUAUCCCUGGCAUUCCUGUACAAAAAUGACCCCUUUUAUUCUCUCUGCCUCUCUGAUUUAAUGACUGCCCCGCAGUCUGUGACCAACCAGUUCCUGAAGGAGCAAAGGAAUCUAACCGAGACACUGAAGAGGUUAGAUCACCAUCAACGGAGCAGAUUAGGACAGCUAAAUGAAGAGAAGAGACAAUUUGCUCACUUGAUGAGCAGGAGGUUAGCCCCAAGAAUAAGCCAGUGUUCAUCAAUGGAAGAUGAGAGAGUAUCUAGAAGGACCUCCUCUGCCAAGACCUUCAGUGACCUAACUUCUGUUAAAGGCAGCUUCCACACUCUUGAGACGGCAUCCACUGUAUCCAGUUUAAGGAGUAUUCCUACCAUAUCAGCAGCUUCUAAUAAUUCUGGAUGGAAUUGUACAGCACCUAGUAAUGUAUCGCAACCUUUUUUUAUCACCGUAUUACCAAAAAACAGAUGUCACUUGAGAAGAAACGAAAAAAAUUCCUCUGCUCUGGGGUCUGAACACAUCGGCAAAACUAUAUCCCAUGUAACUUAUAGGAUAAAGUAAAAAAACAAGGGUCACUGGCUGAAAAGAAUCACUAUUAUCUCACAUCUUUGCAUUUUGUUAUUGAAUAUGUGUAAUUUGACACAAUAAAAAAUAAGAUCAUUGACAAUGUUGAUGUAUCUCUGUUU